AUGAACAGUGAAGACGCUUGUAAUAUUCGUGUAGUAUGCCGUGUACGUCCACUCAAUUCGGCUGAAACGCAUGCAGGAAGCGAAUUUAUUCCUAAAUUUCCAAACGAAGGACAAAUUGUACUAUCGGGAAAAAGUUUUUCUUUCGAUCAUGUUCUUAACUCAAGUACGAAUCAACAGUCAAUGUAUGACAUUGCCGCUAAGCCAAUCGUCAAAGAUGUCUUAGCUGGCUACAAUGGUACCAUAUUUGCCUACGGCCAAACUUCUAGUGGCAAAACACAUACGAUGGAGGGAGUCAUUGGAGAUCCAGAAUGGCAAGGGAUUAUUCCUCGUAUUAUUGGUGAUAUUUUUGCCUAUAUUUAUACCAUGGAUGAAAAUCUUGAAUUUCAUAUUAAGGUUUCCUAUUUCGAGAUUUAUAUGGAUAAAAUUCGUGAUCUAUUAGAUGUAACUAAAACGAAUCUUGCGGUCCAUGAAGAUAAGAAUAGAAUUCCAUAUGUAAAGAAUAUAACGGAAAGAUUCGUUUCCAGUCCAGAGGAAGUAUUUGAGAUUAUUGACGAAGGAAAAUCUAAUCGCCAUGUAGCUGUAACUAAUAUGAAUGAACAUAGUUCCAGAAGCCAUAGUAUUUUUCUAAUCCACAUAAAGCAAGAGAAUGUUGAAACUCACAAAAGUGUACAUGGAAAAUUAUAUCUCGUUGAUUUAGCUGGUUCCGAAAAAGUUAGUAAAACAGGGGCUGAAGGUAUGGUACUUGACGAAGCCAAAAAUAUUAACAAGUCACUUUCAGCUCUAGGAAAUGUAAUUUCAGCUCUUUCGGAAGCGACGAAAUCACACGUUCCGUAUCGCGAUAGUAAGCUAACUAGGAUUUUACAAGAAAGUCUUGGUGGUAACGCUCGUACUACCAUAAUCAUUUGCUGUUCUCCAUCGUCUAUUAAUGAAUCUGAAACUAAAACUACCUUACAAUUUGGUGCCAGAGCUAAAACAAUCAAAAAUAGCGUGAAAGUGAACGAAGAAUUACCAGCUGAGGAAUGGAAGCGAAGAUAUGAAAAAGAACGAGAAAAAUCUUCUAGAAUUAAGCGCGUAUUGGAAAAUUAUGAACUAGAAUUAAAGAAAUGGAGGGAUGGUGAAAAUGUACCGGUAAACGAACAGGCCGGAGGCAAAGACGAAGGAAAAUUAACAAGCAAUCAUUCCACAUCUAAAAUAAAUAUUGCCGAUGCAUUGGGUGAAAGUGAAAGAGUCCAAUUUGACGAAGAAAGAAACCGACUUUAUGAACAAAUUGACGAAAAAGAUGAUGAACUUAAUAAUAGAAAUACUCUUAUAGAGCAGCUUAGAAGACAAUUGGAGGAUAAAGACGAGGAAUUUCACUUAAUAAAGAAUGAAAGCACUAGGCGUCAAGCGCAAAUAAACGCGUUAGAAGAUGAACUACAAGACUCCAAAGACGAAGUUAAGGAAGUGUUGAACGCGUUAGAAGAGUUAUAUGUUAAUUUUGAUGAAAAGAGUCGACAAUUAGAAGUAAAAUCGCAAGAAUACGAAAAGAAUCUUGAGGAAUUAAUGGGCAUUAAAUCUAAGUUAUCAAAUAUGGAAGAAAACUUUGAAGAAACAAAAGAUACCGAAAAGAGAUACAAAAGAAGAGUUACCGAAUCAAUUAAGAACCUAUUGCAAGAUAUGCAUGAGAUUGGAGACGUUCUUCAAGACGAAGAAUUAAAGACUGCUAUUGCUAAGGACUCUGAAAAAGUAUCUGAUGAAGAGCUUACGUUAGCUCGCUUACAUUUCGGAAAAAUUAAAGGAGAAUUGAAAAUUCUUGUAUCGAGAAAUCAUACAAUAGAAUCGGAAAGAGCCGAACUUGAGAAGAAAUUGAAUGUAUCUGAAGCGAACUUAUCAGAAAAUCAAUUGCUUCUAACUGAGGCAUGUUUUUAA